AUCGUGCCAACGAUACCCGUACCUCUUGAGAUCUUAGUGAGUUUGCUGGAGUAAAUGUUCGGGUCGGUAACUCAGCGCUGCCAAGCUGUUGAUUCCGCGGCUGUCAUAGUAUCCGCGAUGUCGGCUCGCCCGAGGAGCUGACGGAUAAGUAUCCGCGCCCUCAUAUUACAACUAUCACCACUUCAACGACAAAUAUGCUACUGCACGCGGACAAUUAGUCACGCUUCUCAUAGUCUCCGCUUUCCCCUCCAAAGAGUCUCAGUACUUCAGAGCUCUGACAUCUUCAUUUUUCUGACGCUUCCUCGUACAUUCAGUAACCCAAACUACUCAACCCCUGACGCAACACAGUCGCUACAAUGAGCCUCCCCACCCACUUCACCCUCAACACCGGCGCAAAGAUCCCCUCUGUGGGCUUUGGAACAUGGCAAGCCCCGCCAGGUCAAGUCGCCAAAGCUGUCGAGACCGCCCUGCGCACCGGCUACCGCCACAUUGACUGCGCCUCCAUCUACCGCAACGAAGCAGAAGUAGGCGAGGGCAUCAAGGCCUCUGGCGUGCCCCGUUCGGAGAUCUUCAUCACCGGAAAGCUCUGGAACACGCACCAUCGACCCGAAGAUGUGCAGAAAGGUCUGGACAAGACGCUCCGGGACCUGGACGUGGAGUACCUGGACCUCUUCCUCAUGCACUGGCCGGUAGCAUUUCGGGCGGGCGACAAGUGGUUCCCCCUCGAAGAGGGCAGCGGGAUCUUUGCCCUAGAGGACAUUGACCCGGCCGUCGCGUACGGCGCGAUGGAGAAAUUGCUGGACAGCGGCAAGGUCAAGGCCAUCGGCGUCUCCAACUUUACAGCCAACAAGCUGGACGACCUGCUGCGCAAGACCAAGGUCGUCCCAGCCGUGAACCAGAUCGAAGCACACCCCUACCUGCAGCAGCCCCAGCUGCUCAAGCACUGCCAGGACAAGAGCAUCCUCGUCGAGGCCUACUCGCCCCUCGGGAACAACCAGACCGGCGAGCCCCGCACCGUCGACGACCCCCUUGUCGCGGAGCUCGCGCAGGAGCUGGGCUUGGACAUUGGCCAGGUGCUGUACUCGUGGGGUGUGCAGCGCGGCACGGUCGUGCUGCCCAAGAGCGUGACGGCGUCGAGGAUCGAGACGAAUCGCCAGAUUAGGGAACUGCCCAAGGAUGCGUUUGACAAGUUGAACGCUUUGGAGAGGAACAAGAGGUUCAACUGGCAGACGAGGUGGGGAUAUGACAUUUUCGAGGAGCUUGGCGAGGAGUAUGUGAAAAGGGUGGCCAGAGAGGCUGGAGAGGAGAACAAGACCAAGUUCACGGUCUGAGAAACUCUAGACGUAUGAUGAGACCAUAGAAUAGACUUCAUUUGCCUUGUGUGAACGGACGUAAAACUCGCUGGUGG